AUGACUCUGGACAUUGCCUCGAAAACAAAAUUCGAGCGUAAAGAUGUGUAGGUGUUGGAGAGUUUUUGCACUGAAAAGUCGUUGAAAAUCGCAUAUUUUGCUUACUGAACGACGCAAAUAUAUAUUCUAGCAUGAUAUGGGUGGGACAGACAGCAAGUUGAGUUUUAGACAAGCUGUGGUUCAGCUUACAAGCAAGAAAACGCCUGUUGAAGUUAAUGAUGAAGUGUUCUGGGACCAGUUCUGGUGUGAUUCAAUUUCAACAGUUAAUGACAUCUUUGCGUUAAUACCAGCCUCAGAAAUUCGAACACUGAGAGAAGAAUGCCCCUCAAAUUUGGCAACAUUAUGCUACAAGUGUGUAGAGAAAUUAGUGAAUGCUACAACAACUGGAUGUGCUGGCCAAACAGAACACCAAGCAGUUUUGAAUUGCACAAGACUAUUGACAAGGCUACUUCCAUACAUUUUUGAAGAUCCAGAUUGGAGAGGCUUCUUUUGGUCAACUGUUCCAAGACAGGAUGGUGAUGAAACCAGACAGGAUUUGGACAGAGAGGUUGAUGGAGACACCCCACCACCUCUGGCUCAGUCUUUCAUUAAUGCUAUAGGAGAUUUGCUGUUCUGUCCAGAUUUUACUGUUUAUGCGAAAAGAAGUGGACCAGAGACUCCAGAGGAUCUUGCAAACAUAGAUAGUUGUGCUUUUAUAUGGGAAGCUGGUGUUGGAUUUGCAAGCUCGCCACCACAGAUUGCUUUGCAUGAUGUCAACCGAACCGAGCUCUUGAAACUGCUGCUAACCUGCUUUUCCGAGGCAAUGUACUUAUCGCCAGCGGAUGCGCAGGUGACACCAAAUAAAUGGCUCGGAUAUUUCACAUCAUCUGAAAAUCGCCAUGCGCUUCCACUGUUCACAUCGUUAUUAAACGUUGUAUGCUCUUAUGAUCCCGUUGGAUAUGGAAUACCAUACAAUCAUUUGCUGUUUAAUGAUUCCCGUGAGCAACUUGUGGAGGUUGCUCUUCAGCUUUUGAUUGUCGUCCUCGAUUACGACAUGGAGCAGCAGCACUUCAUUGAGCAAGCCAGGGAGGGUGACCAGUCUUUUGAGGCAACCGGACCAGAGAAUCUUUUUUGCAAUUAUCUUACCAGAAUACACCGCGAAGAGGAUUUUCAUUUUAUCCUUCAUGGUGUCACACAGUUGCUGCAGAACCCCCUUGCACAGACGUAUCUUCCAAACUCAACCAAAAAGAUUGGCUUUCACCAAGAGCUGCUAGUUCUAUUCUGGAAACUUUGCGAUCUGAACAAGAAAUUUCUCUUCUACGUGCUAAAAAGCAGCGACGUGCUGAACGUUUUAGUUCCAAUUCUGUAUCAUUUAAACGAUGCUCGCGGAGACCCAUCUCGAAUUGGCUUGAUGCAUAUUGGCGUUUUUAUCUUACUUCUUCUUAGCGGCGAGCGAAAUUUUGGCGUUCGACUAAACAAACCCUAUACAACUAGAAUAGCAAUGGACAUUCCUGUUUUCACCGGCACACACGCAGAUCUUCUUAUUAUAGUUUUCCACAAAAUAAUCACCACUGGCCAUCAAAGACUUCAUCCUCUUUUUGACUGCCUGCUUACAAUUAUUGUAAAUGUGUCACCCUACUUGAAGUCUUUAUCAAUGGUAGCAGCAAAUAAGCUUUUACAUUUACUUGAGGCCUUUUCCACGCCAUGGUUCCUUUUCACCAAUGGAACAAAUCACCAUUUAGUUUUCUUUCUCCUUGAAACUUUUAACAACAUCAUCCAGUAUCAGUUUGACGGAAAUGCCCAUCUUGUUUACGCAAUAAUUAGAAAACGGAACGUGUUUCAUCAGCUGGCAAACCUGCCUACAGACCCUUCUGCUGUGUCACGCCCAAAGGCAAAUGCGAAGAAAAGAAAUGAUUCAGAUUCGUCCCUGGAGGAUGGAGAAAUUGUUCAGCCAAGACUAGACGGCAUUCCAACCAUGACAAAAACCGUUCAAAAUCCACACGCAGAGCAAAGUAGCCCAUCACGACGCCCUGGGGAACAUCAUCGAGCCACCCCAGAUGGACAGCCAGCCGACAGUGAAUACCCGACGCAAAAAAGGCCUGAUGCUUCUGGUUUCAUCGCUUCUGCUGAAUGGGUCCAUUCGUGGAAGCAGAAGCUGCCUCUUCAAACUAUAAUGAGACUGUUGCAAGUCCUUGUCCCUCAAGUUGAAAAGAUUUGCAUAGAUAAGGGUCUUACAGAUGAAUCAGAGAUCAUAAAAUUUCUUCAACAUGGAACAUUGGUUGGGCUGCUACCUGUUCCACACCCAAUUUUAAUCCGGAAAUAUCAGGCAAAUAGUGGCACACAAUUGUGGUUCAGAACAUACAUGUGGGGAAUUAUCUAUUUAAGGAAUAUUGAUCCUCCUAUCUGGUACGACACAGACGUGCGGCUUUUUGAAAUCCAGCGUGUCUAGUUGACACAGUCAGGGCAGCACGAACAAGACUGCAAUACAUUCGCUGCCAUUUUCUUGAAAUAAAUACGACUUAGUCACAUUUUUCAAUAUCUAGAACAUAAGUAUUUAUUUUGCAUUAAAAGUAGUAUUUAUGAUGAAGAGGAACAAGAAAACGUCUCGUAGACAGAGUUCGUAAUCAAGGGACUUUGAUUCAAGUGCUGUUUUAAGGCCAAUUUGUUUAUUUUCGAGACGAGUACGGGAUUUUUCAGUAACUUGAAUGAUGAUUUUGCGGAAUCAUAAAUUUGCUUUUUGGAAAUUCUGAAGAUAAGGGAGGGGGGUUACACCACCCAAGUAUCUCAUUUGUUAUAGUUCAUUUUCGCUAUUAUGGUUUUAUUCAGGGAACCAUCUUAAUAUUUUGUUGUUGUAUUGGGGCUGAAGAAUGUAAUAGUAUUGAUGUAGAGUCAAGAAUUUAUGACGUCAUUAGGAUAUAUUUUAAGAAUUUUUUUAAUUUUGAUCAUGUAAUCUGAAAGAUCAUCAAAAAAUUGUUCCACAUUUGAUAAAGUAAUCGAAUGUAACAAAUAUUUGCUGAGAUAUGGCCACAUGAGCAAGACUCUUUUCUACCAAAUUAAUGUAAUUUGUACGUAAAAUCCUUGGUCCUAAAAACCAGUGACCGAAAACAUAAUGUAAUUUGAUCUUAGUGCUAAACCUUUUGAACCAAAACAUAUUGACUGAGGUGUGAAUAGGGAUUUUCUUUUCCAAGUCACUGUAUUUUGGUCCUAGUCCUACUACCUAUGAACCAAGCAAAAUCUACAUUAACUCUUCAGUGAAUUCCACGUCUUUCACUGGCCAUAUCUCAACCAAUGUCUAACAGAUUUAGCUGAUUUUAAAAGCUUUGAAGUAUGCGGUAUUGUGUUCUUUCAGAUUUGGUGCAAAUUCAAGACUUCUAAACAUAUAUUCUUGGACGUCAUCAAUUUUUAACUCUAUUGUAAAAUUCAAAUCGCUGAUCAUAUUUAAGGCUUAAAAAUGUAAAACUAGAUGCUUUUAGGAUUUCAUUUUUUCAAUUUUUGUUUAGGUACCCGUAUAUAUGAGUUGAUCCUCAACAUAAUUUAUGCUGGGCUCCCGUUGCACCUUAAGAAAUAACUAAACGCUGUUGAUUUUUAUAUUCUAGGAUUAUUGAAAUUACAUUCAGAUUAAUUGGAG